GAGUUAAGUAAGCGGCAAAUACAACCCAACCUUAUUGCGUUAGCGUGACUCUGGCAGUUUCUAAUCCUUCCCCGGUGCUAACCGGUAACGACGGUUCAUCCGGCUCUUCCACGUGUCCCUUCAACUUCAACGUAACCUUCAACUUCUAGAAUAAGAGCCUUCUUCUUCUCAAGCUCGCACCGGUGCGGUGCUUUUCUCUUCCUCCGUUUUCGCUCUGGUCGUCGAGGUGGAACUCAUGGUCGCGUAACCGUUCUCGAAGGCCGUUAACGCCGCUUGCUUUGAGAACAUGACCUCCAUCACCUCCGUCGAACUCAAUUACCUUGUGUUUCGUUACCUUCAAGAAUCAGGUUUCACACAUUCUGCUUUUGCUUUUGGUUAUGAGGCCGGUAUUAACAAAACCCCCAUUGAUGGAAAUUUGGUGCCGCAAGGUGCUCUGGUUACAUUUGUUCAGAAGGGGCUACAUUAUUUUGAGAUGGAAGCCAACUUGAGUAAUUGUGAUGCAGACCUGGAAGAAGAUUUUUCAUUCUUAAAACCUUUGGAUCUUAUCACAAAAGAUGUGCAUGAACUUAGGCAAAUGGUAAGUGAAAGACGGAAAAAACUACAUAAGGAGAGAAAUAAGGAAUUUGAAAAGGAGCAUGUGGGUGAACGUAAACGGGCAAGAGAAAAGGAAAGACAUGAAAGGGAGAAAGAAGUUGAAAAGGAUAGGGAGAAGAUAGAAAAUGAUAAAGAGCGGGAACAUCAGCGUGGAAAUCAGACUCACAGAGAAAUAGUCACGGAUCAAGAAGAUAAGGUUACUGUAAAGCAUGCAGAGAAUGGAGCAAUUGGAGGACCAGAACCAAUGGACAUCUGUACAACAUCAACAUCUCAGCCAUGUGAAAUUCCUAGUUCGGAUGUGACAAUUUUGGAAGGGCAUACUUCAGAGGUGUGUGCUUGUGCAUGGAGUCCUAAAGGAUCUCUUCUUGCAUCAGGGUCUGGGGACUCAACAGCUCGUAUUUGGACUAUAGCAGAAGGGAGAUGUAAUCCUGAUUCACAGAAUGGUCCUUUGAAUGUGUUGGUGUUGAAGCAUCUUAGGGGUAGAACAAAUGAAUUGAGUAAAGAUGUCACUACGCUUGAUUGGAAUGGGGAGGGGACACUUCUGGCAACUGGUUCAUACGAUGGGCAAGCAAGAAUUUGGACCACUAAUGGUGAAUUGAGGAGUACAUUAAGCAAACACAAGGGACCAAUAUUUUCUCUGAAGUGGAAUAAGAAAGGCGAUUAUCUUCUGACUGGAAGUUGUGAUAAAACUGCGAUUGUGUGGGAUGUGAAGGCAGAGGAAUGGAAACAACAAUUUGAAUUUCAUUCAGGUCCCACACUUGAUGUUGAUUGGCGCAACAAUGUGUCUUUUGCCACAUGUUCCACUGACAAUAUGAUAUAUGUUUGCAAGAUUGGUGAAAACCACCCUAUGAAAACUUUUGUUGGGCACCAGGGCGAAGUUAAUUGUGUCAAAUGGGAUCCCACAGGUUCAUUGCUGGCCUCCUGUUCUGAUGAUAUAACGGCAAAGAUAUGGAAUAUGAAGCAGGAUAAGUAUCUUCACGAUUUAAGGGAGCAUUCCAAGGAGAUAUAUACUCUCAGAUGGAGCCCCACUGGCCCUGGUACAAAUAACCCUAAUCAAAAAUUGGUGUUAGCUAGUGCUUCAUUUGACUCAACUGUAAAGCUUUGGGAUGUGGAACUCGGGAAACUCAUCUACAGCUUGAAUGGACACACACAUCCCGUAUAUUCUGUUGCAUUCAGUCCCAGUGGUGAGUAUUUAGCCAGUGGGUCUCAUGACAAAUCUGUGCACAUAUGGUCAUUGAAGGAAGGCAAGAUCGUCAAAACAUACGCUGGCAAUGGAGGCAUUUUUGAGGUCUGUUGGAAUAAGGAGGGUGACAAGAUCGCUGCAUGUUUUGCUAAUAAUACAGUUUGUGUUUUGGAUUUCAGAAUGUAAGAUCCUGAGAAGCAUCAAGUUCUUCUGGCUGUUGCAUUAAAUUCUUUCUUUUCCCUCCUUUUUUGUGAGAUUGGUGGAAAUGUAUUUUGGGUGGGUAGGUUUCCCAUUUUAACCAUAGUUGUAGGCAUAGCUCAUUGUUCUUGGACCCUGUUAUAUUUUGCUAUAUCAUUUAGUGAAAAGUAAUUUGUAGGAGUGCAUUAUUAGUAAGCAAAAAUGUAUAGAUUUAGUUGGACAAUAUUCUGUAUAAUCGUCGUUUGAUCUCUCUAGUAUGUAUCUAGUUGUCUUUACUCUUCUA